UGAAUCUAGUAAGGAUAACGGCAUUGCAGGGGCUUUGCAGCCAUAGCAAUCGCCCCGCCUAUGGCGGCUACAUGUAUCGAGGCAACCCAGUCCAUCGAGGCAACCCAGUGUAUCGAGGUCUGCGGGAAUGCGGUCACAUUUCGGACACUUUCGGACAAGCCAACGCGUUCGUGUUUCCGAGUCCUAUUCUCCUGCACCCGCCAGGAGGCUAUUGCCGUUCGUCUCGCCACGGCGUCAUCUCGUCGGCGACACAACAGAAGCAAGCUCUAAGAUGCCGCCAACGGACAGCGACUAUUCUCUGGAUGACCAGCAUGGGUGGCAGGGUGCCAAUGACAAGGAUCCCAACCAAGAUGAUCCCUCGCCCGAACCUCAGCCCCCGAACCCCCUCCAACGCACAAUCGAUUACGUCAACCAUGAGCUCUCCUCCGCCGGGUUUCCUCUCACACUCAGCUUCACCCAUCUAACCUCCGACCCAACCGAAGCCUCCUCCAUCCUCAACUGCAUCUGCACGCUCCUCCAACAACGCCAAAAGGACGUCGCGUACCGCGAGGACCUGCAGCAUCGGUUGCGAAGGGCAAUAGCGGAUAAUGAUGAUUUGAACGCUUUGGUAGCGCGGUUGAGGGCGCAGGGGGAGGCGUUGAGGAGGGAGGUGAAGGAGUUGGCGAAUGGGGUGGAGAAGACUAGGGAGGCGGCGAAGAGGGAGAGUGAGAAGCAUGCGACUACGAGGGAGGAAUUGAAGACUACGAAGGGAAACUUUCAGUAUGCUAAGACGCAGUACAAUCACGACCUCCGCAAAAAAGAACGCGAAUUCCAAAGACUCAAAGAACGGCUCCAACGCACCGUCACCGAAAAGUCCAAAGUCAGCAUCACGCUUUUGAACCCGCUCUCCAAACCCACCCCCUCCUCGUCCCCAUCAUCUGGGCAAAUCAACAACUUAAAAGACGCAGCCAAACGGCAGGACGAGCUCAUGUAUGACGUCGUUAUGCGAAACUACGAGGACCGCGAGCAGGAGCUGUUGAAGGAGAACCAGAGCUUGAGGGAUACGUUGUAUGAGACGUAUACGGGGUUGAAGGAUCGGUUUGGCGAGGCGGAGGAUGUGCCGGAGGCGGUUGUUGGGGGUCCGAGGAGGGAGAAGGUUCACGAUGAGGAAGAGGCCAUGGCCCGCGCCCACUUCCAGCUCCCGUUCAGCGUUGUACAAAACUCCGUGCAGCAGCGGAUCCAGAUGGCUAUUUUGGACUUUAAGGACGAGUGGAUGAGGAUGGCGGAGGUUAUGGACCACAAGAUGGAAGGGAGUGAUGAGAUGAAGAGGAAGUUGGAGGCUUUGGAGAAGAAUAUCGAGGAAUACAGAGCCGUUAUUGAGGAGCAAGGGCGCUUACUGGAAAUUUCGAUGAAUGGACAGUUCAAUAAGGGUGACGACGCUGGUGGCGCUGGCUACGACACAUCAAUGGUAGAUCUACAAGAACAGCGCAACGAAAUCGAGGAGGCGCGCAAGCAGUUGGAUGCGGAGAGAAAGCGGUUCACGGACGCUGCCAUCAAGUUGGGCAUGGAACGGGCUGCUUUGCAGCGUGAGAAGGUUGCCGUGCAGGAGGAACGCCGCGCUAUUGAGACACGGGCUUUAUUGCAGACAUUGCCAGAUACGCCAGGGCCAGACGACCGUACCCGCUCUUCCUCUCUCCAACCUAUGAACACGCCCUCCACCCUCGACAACCUUUCUUCCAUGAAUUCAAAGUACUACACCCACUCCCCAGCAGACACCGGCACGCCAUUCGGCCGCACCUACAGCACGGUAAACCCCGCACGGGACGCGCCGUCCGACAUCUCCUCCGACGCCCUCAUCGAGUCCGACACGUUCGCGCAGACUCCCCGUGUCCCCAACCAAAUGCGCGCAUGGAGACGGCAUCAAACGGGAGGCGUGGACGAUAUCGUUGAUACACCGGUCCAGGAUCGCUAUGGGUAUUCGCCGUUGGGCCAUUCGAGUAAGGAUAAUGGAGGAAACCAGCCGUCGACGACGAGGACUACGCCCCAGCAGCAGUCGCUGAUUCGCUCGGCGUUGAAGAAGCAGGCUGGAACGUAUGCUGGCGGUCGUGGUGGUAAUGCGAAUGGGAUAUCCUCGGCACAUUCGACACCGUCCUCUAACGCCCGAACGGUGCGCAUUACCGUGGAUGAAGACGAAGGGCGAAGUUUCCGACCUGGUGAAGGGAAGGAUGACGCGUACAAUGAUGCGAAGGAGAAUGCAUCACCGACAUCAGGCCCGCACCGUUCCAUGCCGAUGGGGUCGGAUACACCCGGGAGGAAAGGGUUCAUUGCAACGUCCACGCCAAAUGGUGAUGGGAGUUACGGCGCUGCCGCCAAAUCGCCCAUUACACCCGUGAUGGGCAGAAGCGGCAAGCCGAUGUCGCCGGAUUCGGCGAGGCGCAAUAUUGCAAGUCCGGCGGAGACGCUGAGACGGUUGCGGCGGAUGUUGGCUACACCGCCUGCGGGCGCGAACUCGAGGCCGCUUUCUUCUGUCGUCGAAUGAGGCGCACAUACGGAUGUGUUAAGGACACCCUGGACACUCCGCCAU